CAGAUACAGUGUUGAAUUUUUACGUGAUUUGAGUUAGAUAAAAGUUGUUUAAAAGAAGUACCAGGAACUUGUUACAAAACUAGUGAGAUCAUUCCGUUUUGUCAACAACUGCUGCCGGCUGAGUUUCUAUUAACAGUAUGUGGACGUUUGUCUAUGUGUUGGCCGUGUGCUUCCCGCCCCUCUGGGCAGACGUGGGCGUCACCAUCACCAACCACUGGAACGGUGGUUUCCAAGGCGACGCCUGUUUCGACAUCACGGUUGAGCUGCACUCCUGGACGGUGACCUUGACCUUUGACCAAGUGAUCAACUCUCUGGAGGUUUGGACGGCUGACAUCAUCGACACAUCAGCUGAUCAUAAAGUUUACAAGCUACACAACAAGGACUGGAACAAGGAUGAGCACGUCGGUGACAGGCUGUGUAUUCAGUUUCUAGGUCACGGCGAUGGUGACAUCGUCCCCACAGCGACGGCCUCCAUAGAGGGACUCCCAGACGGUGGUACAGGCAUCACUGCAGCCCCCACAGCUUCAACCUCACCAGGUGAAACCCCAGCACCAACACCAGCCCCUACAACAGCUAAACCUUUGCCACCUAUGACUGGAGACGGCGUCACAUCGACGCUGAAGAUCAACUCAGACUGGGGCAACAGAUUUGAUGGAGAAUUUGAUUUUCUCGUCAACGAGGACCUGGCCGGCUGGAUGAUCAACAUCUCAUACAGCAAGCAAGUUACCAAAAUGGACAUUUUUAUCGGUGACGCCAUCUACACCUCUCCUGAUGGUCUCAACUGGGUCGUGGUGGACAAGGGUCAAGAUGGCUACUUCCACGCCGGAAGUCAGCUCAAUCUAAAGUUUUUUGGCAACUAUGAAGGCGGGUCUCCGGCCCCCACGGGUCAAGCCGUGUUGAUCAACAUGGGGAGGGACAAGUGGGUGGUGGACCCAGCGCCUACAACGGACACGACGAAAUACAACUACAACGACGUUCUCAUGAAGUCCAUCAUGUUCUUUGAAACCCAGCGAUCCGGUAAACUGCCGGCAAGUAACCGGAUCCCGUACAGGGGCGACUCCGCUCUGGGGGACAAGGGGGAUGCUGGGGAGGAUCUGACAGGCGGAUGGUAUGAUGCUGGAGACCACGUCAAGUUCAACUUCCCCAUGGCCUACUCUAGCACCAUUCUGGCCUGGGGUUACCUGAUGUACAAGGACGCCUACGAGGCGGCUGGUCAAGCGGAUUAUCUGCUGGACUGUAUCAAGUGGCCGCUGGAUUAUCUGCUGAAGUGUCACACCAAGCCGGACGAGCUUUACGUACAGGUGGGAGACGGCGGUGCUGACCACAGCUACUGGGGACCACCCGAGUUGAUGACCAUGGCCCGCCCCGCCUACAAGAUCACAGCCUCCAAGCCAGGGACUGACGUUGCUAUGGAAACAGCGGCAGCGUUUGCAACAGGAUCCCUGGCCUUCCAGACCAAAGACCCCGCCUACUCGGCCACUCUACUCCAGCACGCCAAACAGCUGUGGGACUUCGCCAACACCAACAGGGGCAUCUACAGUGACUCGGUGCAGGCGGCCGCCGCUUACUACAGGUCCUACAACAUCAGUGACGAGCUGUGCUGGGGAUCCCUGUGGCUGUACCAGGUGACCAACGACAGCAAGUACCUGGACGUGGCCGAGAGAUACUUCGACCCUGAGCCGGCCUGGGGGAUGUCGUGGGAUGACAAGACCAUCGUUAACCAGGUUCUCCUCUACAAGCUGACAAAGAAAGACAUUUACAAAAAGGCCGUGGAGGACUCCUUCAGAUUCUGGUUCCCUGGCGGCUCCAUACCCUACACACCAAAAGGCUUGGCCUACAGACUGCAGUGGGGCUCGCUCAGGUACUCCUCGAACAUGGCAAUGGCGGCGCUAGUGGCGGCUGACGCCGGACUACACGCCACUGAGUACAGGCGCUGGGCCAUGUGUCAAAUCCACUACGCUCUGGGCGAUACGGGCUUCAGCUAUCUCAUUGGACACGGCAGCCAUUUUCCUAAAAGUCCUCAUCACAGAUCGAGCUCCUGUCCCAACAUCCCGGCUCCGUGCGGCCCAUUCGUCAUGUCCAGCAAGGAGCCGAACGUCCACAUCCUGUACGGCGCUCUGGUGGGCGGGCCUGGUCAGUCGGACGAGUACACAGAUGACCGCUCCAACUACGUCAACAACGAGGUGGCCUGUGAUUAUAACGCUGGCUUCCAAACGGCAGUGGCAGCGCUGAAAUCUCUGGUCGUGAGAAAAGAACAUCCUGAGCAGACAGGCAAUGACCACUGUCCCUACACAGCGGCUGGCAACAGUGGUUAGCCAGUAGUAGGCAGACGAUAGAGGAAAAUAUUUCAAACUUCAAGCAGAUCCUCAUCAAUAUCUUUAGCACUCUAACCUUUGUUGUGUUCAAUGUUUUGGAUUGAAUAAACUUGAAAAAUGUUUGAAAUUAUCAGAUAUAAUUGAAACAAGAAAAGAAAAUUUUCAAAGUUAACUGUAGUUGCUUUUUUUUAAUUCUUAGAAUAAACAUUACAACCCUUUCUAUUCCCCCCCCCCCCCCCCCCAAUCUUACUUAUUUUAAAGCUUAACUCAAGAUCGCAGUAGUAAGUUUUAAAAUUAAAUAAUUAUAUUUUCCUAUAUUAAGUCAAUUCUUUUAAAUUGCAUGUCGGAAACAAGACUGUUAGAUUUAGAAAUCACUGCGUACAAAAUAUAUUUUUUUUACAAUGAAUUUAUUGUAAUUAAAAAAAUAUAAAAACAA